AUGACCACGGCCGCUAGGUCGGUGGCGGCGGUGACGGCAACUGAUGUUGAGUCUCUGGAUGUGGUCGAGACACCCACGUCACCUUCGUCGGGCCUGGCGCUCUCCCGGUUCGAAUUCGAGACAGGCAAGGGCAAUGAGGGCACCAAGGUGCUGAUGGUGGAGUGGGACGCCUCGUUCGGCGGGCGGGAACAACGACAGCAAGAAACCAGGCCGGAGGAGGCUGGGAAGGGGGCAGCUAAUGCUACAGACUGGGAAGUCUCGUGGGAGGGCAAGAAAUCGGCACUGGCCGUCCACGACAUCGUCGGGGAUGUCGGCGUUGGCGGCAGUGCCAACGGUGGCACAAGACGUAUUUAUUUUCUUCUGCCCACGGGCGCCGCCGUGCCUGCACUCGUCAGCAUCACACGCAAGGGUAGCUCAGGCGGACCAGUUCUGCGCACAAUGCCCAUGCCAGCCAUCUUCCCUGCUGAGCUCACCAGCAAGCAAGAGGCGGGCCUGCGAGGCGUGCUCCACACGAUAUGGGCAAAGAAGCGGCUGGCAGAACUGCAGGCCGAGAUCGAAGUGGAAAUGAGGACGAAUGGCGAAAGUGUGGGGUUGGAGAUGGCAGCGCAAGAGCGGCAGUGGAUUGUCGACCACUUCGGACUCGGCCCGGAUCACGGCGUGCCCAAGCCAACCAGACUACAUAUACCACAAACGGCGGCCGGUCCAGCGAGCCCGAGGAGCCCAAUAGGGGGGAAGCUAGGCGAAAAGCUGCGAGGCUUGAAGCUUGCUACGAGCCCUGCAGAACUGGCUGCUGCAAGCCAAGCCUCUAAGGAUACACAGCAUCGCCUUCACUCUUCCCUCGCUACGGCUUCAGAUGGGACGGGCCUGGCAGGGCGCAGCAUCGCCAUGGGCUCAGCAGGUGCUGGUGUUGCUUCGUUGGAUGCCGUCCUUGGAAACAACCUACCCCAAUCGUCUUCGGCAGUGGGAAAGGCAGGGACAAAGGAUGCUACCGAGGAAGAUCUAUUUGCGCUGCCAAUGAGCCCCCGAAGUCCAGAGAUGAAGAGGAGUCCAUUUAGCAUCUUAUAA